UACCAACCCUGUUAAACAAGUGGUAAAGCAGAUUUAGCAUCUGUAAAUAAACAAUUACUUGAAUAAUGUUCUAGAUUAUCGGUAAUGUAUAUUUAUAACGAAGAAACUGCCAAUAUCGCCGUUGCUUCCUUGUCAGAACAGUUAGGAAGUUCCACACAAUUUUUCAUUGAUAAUUCUUACAACAUUACGGCAAUAUAGCUUAGUAUAGCUACUGCAACUGACGUGAACUGACGCAAGCAGAAGGUCAGAAUUGUUUUGGGCUGUUUUAGAGCAAAGUGUCAGUAGCAUUUAAUAGUACUAAGGUUUUAAGGUACAAAGUAUAAAAUGUAUAAUUACUAAAGUUGUCAGUUGAAAAUUAGGAUGUUUAGUAUAAAGUGAUAAUGUUUGGAAUGAUUCAUAACCUUACAUUGUCCCUUUUUCUCCACUUGAAUAAUGGUUGGCAGAAUGUUUACUUAUAAAAAGUGAAAGACCCGUAAUUAAAAAUGUUAAGUAUAUCGACUCGUUGCCCUGGAUUGUACUGUGGAAGAGAAUUGUUACUCGAUGGUAACUGGAGUGAUUGCGGAGCAUGCCCAAGAGGAUUCAGAACAAAUGGCUCCUCGAUAUGCAUACCUUGUGAAGAUGCACCAAUGUUUUACGAUUGGUUGUACCUCGGCUUCAUGGCCCUACUGGCACUUGUACUUCACUGGUCAUGUAUUGACAUGGUUGCCAUGCGGCGCAAUAUUACGAAGGAAGUAAUAGCUUUGCACUUCUCAGCUUUGUUUGAGAUAGUUGCUGCGUCGCUUGUUACAUUGCAAUUGACUGAACCAAUCGGUACAUUUGGAAUAAGAUCAUGCAGAGUAAAACGUCUUUCUGAUUGGUAUACAUUGCUGCACAAUCCUAGCCCUAAUUAUGAGGAAACGUUGCAUUGUACACAGGAGGCUGUUUACCCUCUCUAUUCUAUGGUCUUUGUUUUCUAUGCCUUUGGUAUCAUACUUAUGUUAUUAAUACGACCAAUAAUAGCUAAGAAAUUUUUACCAAAAGAAGGCAAAUUUUCAAUUUAUGCUGCAUUAUAUUUUUUCCCGAUUUUGUCAUUGUUACAUGCAGUAUGUGGUGGUCUCAUAUAUUAUUCAUUUCCAUAUAUCACCAUAAUUUUAUCAGUACAAACUAGUGCUACCCAUUUUGCCUUCAGGUUGAAUCAGACUAUGAAAUCGCUGCUGUUGAAUUCUGUAUCUGAUAUUAGAAAUGUAAUAGUGAUUCUUGGCCACUGGUUGUUGCAUGGGUAUGGAGUAAUGGGAGUUGCCACACUACGUGGAAUGAAUCUCCACCCAGCAAUGUUGGCCUUAGUUCCGUUACCAGCACUAUUUUACAUUCUCACUGCUCGAUUUACUGACCCCAAUAAACUGCAUACUGAAUAGUAGAGCAAACUGUGAUAUUUUAAACAUAAUUAAAAUAUAGAAGACCUAAUGUACAGAAAUAUUUAUAUUAUCGCUGAAUAUAGAACCAUUUUG